AAAGUAAACUGGCCCCGUGUUUACUAAACCGCCAACCAACCUGACCCGAAAAAUCGACCCAUUCGCGGAAGACAUGCAGAUCGCUACGGUUCUCCUUGUCUUGGCUAGACUUUUGUGUGUCGAAAAUAAAAUUUUAUCGAAGAAUUUCAAAAGAGACGUCAUGACAUUCGAUGAAGACUCGACUCCAUAUUUUAAUUUCCCCUCUGAAUCGAAAUCGUAUGAAGGGGAGAAUGAUAACAUUUAUAACGGAAAAGAAAUACCGUUGGAAUCCUCUGAAACAGAAAUAGCAGAGAGUUCCGACAAAUCUACAAGACUUAUGGAGAAACUUAGAGAGCCCUGCGCGAUCGUUGUGCGUUCGAACAUCCACCCGACGAUGCAAUCGCUGCUGCGCAAGUACAAAUAUGAUGCAAAAGGUGCACUGAUUCCAAGCAGCGUUAGAUACUUCAUAAAGGUGCCGCAGGGCCUCGGAGAGCCAAUAUUGGUUCCUCUCAAUCACCAAUCUAUUUCGCACCUAGGAGGUUACGUGAGGUAUUAUAAAGAAGUUCCGCCAAUACCUCAAGCACUGUAUUUAAACCGAGCACUACAAAGUUGGUCUCAGCAAAAAUAUUAGGUACUAUAAAUGUAUGUCCACCAUAAUAAAACAGGACCAGUACUUGUUUUUAUUUACAACGGCCCGAGACAACGGGUCAGGGUCACUGAUGAUUAGUGACCCCAUUUGAUUGAGAAAUUAAUGGUGAUUGUGAUUGACAUUGUAUUCUGUCGUCAAAAAUGACUGUGUUUGAUUUUAUUUAAUAUUUAUUAUUUCCUAGUAUUAUAAAG